AUGGCAGGAGGCCAGUACCAGGUGGCCCCGCCCGGGCGCGGGCCCAGCCUGUGCAGCCUGACGGACGGCUCCGACGUGGGCCCCGAGGAGGGGGACCCCGACGACGGCCCCCACUCCAACCCCCUGAAGAGGCUGACCAGCUGCAUGCGCACGGACGAGAAGGUGAUGAAGGAGCUCAUCAUCGGACGCCGGGUGGGCUUCUACAAGGUCCGCGGGGAGAUCGGCUGCGGGAGCUUCUCGCGGGUCAAGCUGGCCUUCCACGCCCUCACCAAAGACAAGGUGGCCCUGAAGAUCCUGGACAAGACGCGGAUGGACGUCCAGGCCCAGAGGCAGCUGGCCCGGGAGAUCGCCAACACGGAGCGGCUGCAGCACCCCAACGUGGUGCGUCUGUACGAGGUGGUGGAGACCCCCUGCCGCCUCUACCUGGUGCUGGAGUACGCGGGCGGGGGGGACCUCCACACCCGCAUCUGUGACCGAGGCAAGAUGGCCGCCGACUGCUGCAAGGUGGCCUUUGCGCAGAUCCUGUUUGCCAUCAAGUAUUUGCACAACAACAUGAUCAUCCACCGGGACCUGAAGGCGGAGAACGUGCUGUUCACGGCACGCGGCUGCGUCAAGGUGGCCGACUUCGGCUUCAGCACGCGGGUCCCCGGCCCGGACCGCGCCCUGGACACCUUCUGCGGCUCGCCGCCCUACGCGGCGCCCGAGCUGUUCCGGGACGAGAGCUACCUGGGCCCCCCGGUGGACGUGUGGGCCCUGGGGGUCCUGCUCUUCUUCAUGGCCACCGCCACCAUGCCCUUCCGGGCCGACACCCUGGGCAAGCUGCGGCGCUGCGUGCUGGACGGCGCCUACGCCGUGCCGCCCUGGGUGCCGGGCCCCUGCCAGAGGCUCAUCAAGGGCAUGCUGAGGCCCCUGCCCGAGGACCGCCACGCCGUGGACCAGAUGCUGGGCUGCGAUUGGCUGCUGCCCGUGGAGUUCCCCUGGCCCCUGCUGGGCCCGGUGCCCCCCGGAUGGACGGACCGGGAGGAGGAGGAGGAGGUGGAGGAGGAGGUGCGGGCGGGCCUGGAGGAGCUGGGCUUCACCCGGGAGCACGCGGGGACCCAACAGGGGCCCCCCCAGAACAGCCGGAGCCCGGUGACGGGCGCGUACCGGAUCCUGCUGCACCGCACCCAGAGGAGGCGGGGCUGCGAGACGGUGCCGGUGGUGCGGGGCAUGGUGCGGGACCCCAGGCGGGAGGGCCUGAAGGCCUACAGGGGCCUCAGACACUCCUCCAAGCUCUGCGUGGUCUCCUGAUCCGGCGGGCGGCCGUCGCUCAGGAGGUCGAGCUGGUGACGACUGGUGUGACCGGAAUGUCGCCAGUUCGAUCCCCGGAGCGUCGAGGUGUCCCUGAGCGAGACGCCUCGCCCUGACUGCCCCUGACGAGCUGGCUGUCGCCCUGCGCGGGUGACUCCGCCGUCAGUGUGGGAUUUGUGAAUGGUUGUAAUUCGCUUUGAAAGUGUCAACAAAAUUGUAGUGUAAAAAAGUGUAAAAGUAAAAUGUUGAUCCACAUCACAGUCCGAAUUGGAUUCCACACUUACACUGUGCUUUAAAGCCGCUGUAAGCAAUGUUGUCGCUCCCAUACGUCACCGUAAACGCGGGUCUUCCGUGGCUCCUGUUUAUUUUUUCCUGGCAGCUUCUUCUUUUCUUCAGUGUAUUUUCUAUCCUCCACUUUGUGUUUUCUUCCGGGAGCGCCUAAUCGGUAGCUUCGCCUGCUCCGCUACUGUCAGUCAUCACUGAAACCCCGGCUGCCUCGACGUGAACGAGCAGAGAGGACCGCCUCCUGGUGGAGUUCUCUCUCCUGAUUGGAUAAAGUGGGAACGGGAUACCUCAAAGUGUGUUUUGUGUUUACUGCAGAGCUGAUGGACUGGAAGAGCCUUGCUACUGACUGGGAGAAACCCUCUAUGUUAGUGAUUGUUGUCUCAGUGUUGAAGACUAAUUUUAAGAAAAUAUCUCUUAUAGUGGCAAUCAAUCCAUAAUCAUUUCCAUAAUGAAGAAUGGAAAUUAUUGAAUGUGUAUUUAAUUAGAUAAACUGAUGUGUUUCUGCUAAUUGCUCGUUCCUUAUCCUUCACAAUAUUCAGUAAGAUUCAAGUGCCUCAUGAGACAAACUUAUGUCUAUGGCGUAUCUGUGUUUACCACUUCCAAAAAGGGUGUAGGCUACAUGUUUCAAGACAUGUUUUCGAAAACUUUGGGAACUGCACUGAAAUGUAUUUGAAUGAUUUAUUUGUUACUAUGGUUGGUUGGUUGAAAGU